UCAGUGCCGCGCAUGCUGCAGAACUCCGCGACUUUCGCACACUAGGAACAUGCUUCGAGUCAGGUGUCUGAGAGGAGGGAGCCGGGGCGCGGAAGCGGCCCAUCUGAUUGGGGCGAUGAUUGGUCGCGCCGUGUCCCAGUGGGCAAAAAAGGCAUUCCAGAGCACGAGCUCGGCUGCCGCGGUGCACCCUCGAGCCGUGGAGCCAAUCGUUACUGAGCCCGUUUCCGAGGACUGCCCCGUCUGCUCCUACAACGAGUGGGACCCGCUGGAGGAGGUUAUUGUCGGACGAGCAGAGAACGCUCAUGUCCCUCCGUUUACAGUAGAGGUCAAGGCAAACACUUAUGAGAAGUACUGGCCAUUCUACCAGCAGUAUGGUGGCCAGACCUUCCCCAAAGAUCACCUGACAAAAGCUAUAACUGAAAUCGAGGAGAUGUGCAAUAUUCUGCGUCAUGAAGGCGUUAUUGUGAGGAGACCAGAACCGAUUGACUGGUCUGCUGAAUAUAAAACUCCGGACUUCACAUCCACAGGCAUGUAUGCAGCCAUGCCAAGAGACAUCCUGCUGGUGGUGGGGAAUGAGAUCAUUGAAGCACCGAUGGCGUGGAGAGCACGGUUCUUUGAGUACAGAGCUUACAGACCACUCAUUAAGGAAUACUUCAGCAAGGGUGCCAAGUGGACCACUGCCCCCAAACCCACCAUGUCUGAUCAGUUAUAUGAUCAGGAUUACCCAAUUCACUCAGUUGAGGACAGACAUAAGCUGGCUGCAGAGGGAAAGUUUGUCACCACAGAGUAUGAGCCCUGCUUUGAUGCUGCUGAUUUUAUUAGAGCUGGAAGGGACCUGUUUGUGCAGAGGAGCCAGGUCACGAACUUCAUGGGCAUUGAGUGGAUGCGCCGUCACCUUGCUCCUACCUAUAAGGUUCACAUUAUCUCCUUCAAAGACCCCAAUCCCAUGCACAUUGACGCCACCUUCAACAUCAUUGGACCAGGCUUGGUCUUGUCUAACCCAGACCGGCCAUGCCGACAGAUUCAGAUGUUUAAGAAAGCUGGCUGGAGAGUGGUGCAACCUCCAACACCUUUAAUUCCAGAUGACCAUCCGCUCUGGAUGUCCUCCAAGUGGUUGUCAAUGAACGUCCUGAUGCUGGAUGAGAAACGUGUUAUGGUGGAUGCCAAUGAGACUACCAUUCAGAAAAUGUUUGAAAAUCUUGGUAUUAAGACGAUUAAGGUGAACAUUCGUCAUGCCAACUCCCUGGGAGGAGGGUUCCACUGCUGGACCACAGAUGUGCGGCGCCGUGGUUCCCUCCAGUCUUACUUCCAGUAGCCUGUCAGAAACAUGCAGUUCUUAUUGAGCUUGCCUUUACACAACAAUGAGGAUUAUCAGUCAAUUAAUCAAUUAAUAAUAAUUAAAACUGCUCUCUGAUGGUCCUCCCACAGUGAGUGCAUGAUUUUUGAUUUUAAUAUAGUGUGCAUGUCAAAGCUUCCGCUGAUAUAAUGAGACAGCAACAGUAAAAGCAGAGAUACUGAUCUCAAUAACGACUGCAUUUCUGGCUGGCUACUGAGUCACAUCUAUUGUAGGAAUGACUACUAUGCCAUCCCAUAACUCCCAGGGAAAUAGGCAAGGAUCUGCUUUCAGCACCACUAAGAAAACAAACAUAGCCAGGAAACAAAGAGUUACUACUUCCUUUUUACAACUGAAAAAAAAAAGUACAUGUGUAUUUCAUGGUUGAUUCUAUUAUGAAUUUUUUACUUUUUUAAAAGACCAGUUGUUAUAGUGGGUCAUUACAGAUUUCUUAGAUAUUUUAUAACAUGGAUCAAAAUGUAAAUAUAUAUGUAUAUGGUAAAUAACAUUUUCAUUUUAUUGGCAUAUAUUUUCAUUGUUUCCCAUCAAUGAAGCUCAUUCCAGGUUUGAGGUGAAGGAGAGUGCUGGGUUUCAGCAGCUGGUUCCUUUGCCUCUAUUGUCUUUCUGAGUAGCAGAUCUGACUCGCUGUGGCCAUCCCUGCACUGCCUUACUGCUUUUUGGUUUGCAUGCAAAUGUAUUUUGGGAUUCUUGAAACAUUUUAUCUGCUUUGAGUACUGUGUAAAUGUAAUUGUAUAAGUUUAGGUGCAUAAGCGUUUGCAGAUUGAGGAGUGUUGGGUUAACUGGAUUGUGUAGCAUGAUCAGUAUAUAAAUGUGUGCCAGGUCAAAACCAGUAAAUUUAAACAAACCAACAAAUAAAUCAUUACCUGAAGGCUCAA